UGAAUUGUUGUGACAAUGAUGUAAACAUUGAAUACCGUUCUACAGAAAAAGUGUGCGGACCGGUUAGGUAGUAAUCAUGGCAGACGAUUUAGACGACCUUCUCGAUGAAGUGGAAACUAAAUACUGUGCGAAAGCUAAACAGAAAAACAAACAACCGAAUAGAAACAGAAAAUCAACAGAAGAUGACUUGGAUGACAUUUUAAAUGAUAUAACAGUAGAUGCUGAUUUCAAACCAAUUAAAUCGAGUGAUAUACAGUCAGGCAAUCAAACUGGAAUGCGUCCAGAAUCUGCCCGAAAAUGUUUUCCAGUAUAUAUAGGCGGUUCUGCUAGCUCUCUAGGAAUGGGCAAUUCUAUGAAUCCAAGGUGCUGUGAUCAGAUGCGAUGUACAUCAUGUGAUUUUAAAGUUGCCAUUUUUGACAAUUUCGAGUGGGAUGCAUCAACUGACUAUCUUUUUCUCAGGAAUAAUUGUCCAGACUUUCAAAGAUUAAAGCCAAAAUUACAUUCAAAACGAGGUUGCCGUGCUUAUUGUUGCCAGUGUUGUCACCGCUCUAUCUCUACAGUAGAACAACUGACUGAUCCCAGUCUGAAAUGGGUGUGUGGGAAACACUGACGACAGUCAACACUUGGACAAUUAGCAUCGUUUUCCUUCUCAUCAAUUACUCACGAUUUCAUUCCUGACAGACAAUUAUCAGGAUCUGUUACAGGAAACUUUUUCUCACAUGUUUCACAAUCUUCUAUUGAAAACAAACCUUUUGACAGUGAAUUCGAUUUCAGACAUGUUCUGAAGGCACUGAAAGAGUAUGACUCAUAUUCUUCUUUCCUUAUGGAGCAAGGUCAGACACAACUCUCUGGCAUCAUCAGGGUUAUUUCUUGGUGUAUAAAAGAUAAUGACUGUAUCAUUAUUUACCUGAAUGAUUACAGCAGCCUUUAUUUGAUAUCAGAUAAAAAUCAUGUGCUUUCAGAAAGAAUGAAAAAAAUCAGAACUGUGUGAAAAGUCAAGGUGUAAAAUGUGUUUACCUACUUUAUAUGAUGUGUUAUUGUACGUGUGAAGACCCUGGUGUUUGUAUAGAGCUUAUAAGUGACAAUCUGCUGUCUGUGAUACAUUAAUACGUCAAGGUCAUGAACUCUGCAUAUCAGCAGAAUCACAUUUACAUAUCACAUGAUUGACCACAAAGUAAGCACAAAUAGAUUGUGUUUUAUAUUUUUAGUUUUAAGAAAAAUGACUGAAUUACAGUCAGACAGACUUUGUGUUGAUAGGGGCGCAUCAUCGUGUAAACUGUGUUUUCUUUAGAAAACAGUGUUUGACAGGUCCUUUUUUUUUUUUUUUUUUUUUUUUUGGGUGUGUCUAUAUGUUAACCUCAUUGGCUUGUGUACACACUAUGUUUGACAAUUCCUGUGUAUUUGUUGCAGUCAAUCAUGACAAUUCUUUGUGGUGUAAGGGGCAUAUUUGUCAUUAUGUAAACAUUUUCAUGUGUGAACAAUACUAGACAUUUUCUUGUGUUGUUAGGGUGUGUCUUUAUGUUAACUUCAUUUUUUUUUGUAUAAACACAAUGUUUGACAACUCCUGUGUGUUAGUGCCAGUCAAUCAUGACAGUUCCUUGUGGUGUAAGGGGCAUAUUUGUCAUUAUGUAAACAUUUUCAUGUGUGAACAAUACUAGACAUUUUCUUGUGCUGUUAGAGUGUGUCUCUAUGUUAACUUCAUUUUCUUGUAUAAACACAAUGUUUGACAACUCCUGUGUGUUAGUGCCAGUCAAUCAUGACAGUUCCUUGUGGUGUAAUGGGCAUAUUUGUCAUCAUGUUAACAUUUUCAUGUGUGAACAAUACUAGACAUUUUCUUGUGCUGUUAGGGUGUGUCUCUAUGUUAACUUCAUUUUCUUGUAUAAACACAAUGUUUGACAAAUCCUGUGUGUUAGUGCCAGUCAAUCAUGACAGUUCCUUGUGGUGUAAGGGGCAUAUUUGUCAUCAUGUUAACAUUUGCAUGUGUGAACAAUACUAGAAUUCUUGUGUUGUUAGGAUGUGUCUUCAUGCUACCCUCAUCGUCUUGUGUAAACACAAUGUUUCAAAACUCCUGUGUUGUUAGGCCAAUAGGGGAGUUUCAAUCAUGGCAGUUCCUUACAAUUGGGUGUAAGGGGAGUGUCAUCAUGUUAACCCCAUUUCCAUGUGUGAACAAUAUUUGACAUGUCAUCAUGUUGUAAGGGUGUGUCAUCAUGUUAACUUCAUUCUCUUGUAUAAACACAAUAUUUGACACCACCUGUGUUGUUAGGGGCAUGUUGUCUUGGCAGGUCCUUUGUUGUUAGGGUGUGUCAUUAUGUUUAUUUCAUUCUCCUGUGGCAGGUCAUUGUGUAGUUAGGGGCGUGUCAUCAUGUUAACCCCAUAUUAAAUUCUCUUGUUUAAUUCUAUUUGACAGAUCCUUGUGUUCGGGGCGUGUCAUCAUGUUCAAACCUUUCCCUUAAUGAAUUCUGUUUGACUGAUCCUUGUGUUUAGGUUGAAUAGCAAAGAGCGUUUCAAACAGUGCUAGUGUUCACGAAUGAGAAGCUCCUAACGAUAAAUUGAUCAAAAGAAUAAAUGUAACAAUAUAAUAAUUAUGAUGAAAACCUUUAAUUUCAUAUCUUUUGUCUGUGAAUAAAGUUUUACCUUGGUAGUGGAUUUGCUUCACAUGCUAAAUUUAA